AUGGAUGUCCGCUCUCGAGGAACGCUUUUGACUUCUGCUGGCUUGUUGUAUGCUUCAAUUGGAUUCACGCUGAGCGUUUUGUCAACCUUCCUUCGUUUGUUAUGGCCCUUCCAUGGCACCCGCGACGACCCAACAAAGGCCUUGUCUAUGAGACGUCGCUCUACGAUUCAUAGGAAGCACAAGCGGAGGAGUAGCAUCCCACCGACAUUAACGAAUCCCAGUAACUCAAGCUCGGAAGAGUCUCCGUCGCCCGAAAACCCGAGGCGGCAUCCAACGUUCCUUAAACCCACGACACGCAGAGCCAGGUCACGCAGUUUAGAGCGCACGGUACACAAUCGCAAUAAUUCGGUCCGGCUUGGUCGGUCUGAACUGCGGGUACCGCCAGAAACCCGAAAUGGCCAUCGUCGUUCUGAAUCGACUCCACCAACUCCAUUCCCCAGACAGUGGUCGUUUCCAGAGCAGCAGACGUCGUUGGCUCCUCCAGAACUGCAGCCUCCAAGCAUUCACCAUGAGCGUGGCCCAUCCGUGGACUCUACGCAUAGCCAUUUGUCGUUCUUGCAGCUUCCCAAGAAAUUGAAGCGCUCGACCAGCAUCAUCUCCACUGAAACGUGCGGAGAGAAGCGGCGCUCGCAGCUCCUCGGGCCUUUAUUGCACAAACGGAAAGCUUCAGAUGCGCGCCGAUGGUCUGGCAUCUCUUUCACAUCGGUUGAUGAUGAAGGCGAUACCAGCGCCAGCUCUCCUGACGCUGUAGCGGACUCGCCAAGACAUUCUAUCGACACCCGGCAGUCAAUCGACCAUUUGCCAGUCCCCAAACGCUCACAGACACUUCGUACUCGGCCAUAUGAGGCACCUUACUUCUUCCCUGUUCCCGGCUCUACUGAAGCUGAAGAGUAUGUGCCUCCACUACGCCCACGCCCGAGCCGGAGUGGAACACUGCCUGUUGACCGACCCUUGUCGGGCGUGUUCUGA